GCCCUCUUGAAAACCCUGCCGCAGUAAAAGUAGACGAGUCUACGCAUUGAAGGACCCCUUUUGUUGGAAGAACCCCAGACACCUAGCCUACCAUCAUGGCAGAUCAUGAUCAUGACUUCACCAGUGGAGACUCUGGGGCUUCCACAACUUACCCCAUGCAAUGCAGCGCCCUGCGCAAGAACGGCUUCGUCGUCCUCAAAGGACGUCCAUGCAAGAUAGUGGAAAUGUCAACCUCCAAGACUGGCAAGCAUGGUCAUGCCAAGGUCCACAUGGUUGGAAUUGAUAUUUUCACUGGCAAGAAAAAUGAAGAUAUUUGCCCUUCCACCCACAACAUGGAUGUUCCUAAUAUUAAAAGGGUUGAUUACCAGCUGGUCAACAUUUCGGAUGGGUUCCUCACCCUCCUGAAGGACAACGGAGAUCUUCGCGAGGACCUUAGACUGCCCGAAGGUGACCUGGGAAAAGAGAUUGAGAGCAAAUUCGAAGCUAAUGAAGACAUCAUGAUCUCAGUCCUGUCUGCCAUGGGAGAAGAGUGUGCUGUUGCGGUGAAGGCCAUGACCAAGUAACCAGGCAGGGGCGGGCUGAUUGGGCUAACGCCUAUAACCAGAAAGUCUAAAGUGUUGGUUUUGAAGUGGCACCAAAGCUACGGCCUUGGAUAAACAACCUUGAAUCAUUUCAGUUCAAACCCAAAACCGCGUUGGACCCUCUCCCAUACCGUCUCCUAAUCUGAUGGCUGAUUGGUUGUCUCCCGAACCAUUGAGUGCAUCUCAACCCCCCCCCCAUCAAACUCCUUCCCACUUCAUCACACCCCCCCCCCCCCCCCCCAACACCACGCACGCACGCACGCACGCACACACACACACAUGCAUAUACACACACACACACACACACACACACAUUCACAUACAUCACACCACCCUCCCCAUUCUGUUCCAUUCCACUAAUGUAAUAUCCACUAGGCUCACACCCCCCACCCCCCGCGUCAACAUUCCCUUUGAAAAUCACAAAUUAACAUACAUGAAAUGUGUGUCCUUUCCUUCUUGCCAUGUUAUCAUUCCUAUCCUUCUUUGCCGUGUUAUCAUUCCUUUUUUCGGUGGGGAGCAUGCUUGGUUUCGGAAGCUGUGAAAUGCUGCAAGAGCACUUCAUCCAGCGGAUGCAUCUCUGUUGUCAUGGCAGGCUUCAAUCCCAGCAUGGUUGCUCAGAUCAGUCCUGCCCCGUGCCCCAUGCCACCGAGCUACCACCACCGCCACCACCUUCCCCCGUCACAUUCCCCAGACCUACCUCCAUCACUGAUUUUGGUCGUAGGUAGCAAGCUUCCUGAAGCAGACGCAACGGUGCAGUGAUCACCUUGCCAGCGCAUUCCACCUGAUUGGCAGCAGUGUUUCCCCCACGGCCCAGUCUGCCUUAAACAGAUUCGUAGUCUAGAUCAAUCAAAAUGAAGGAGAAAAUGAAACCUAAGAAACAGCCACGGGUGAGCUUGCCCCAUGCACAAUGUACCUCUGAUUUACGACAACAAAAAAAAGUUGGUUUGGCGGUUUGUAUUUGGAAAAAAAAAAUAACAAAACCUACCACCACCAUGCUCUAAGCCUGUAUUGGUCAUCUAGGUAGCUAGGCUAUUUUUUAUUUUGAAUGUUGCGCUGGCACCUUGUUAUGGGCUUGAGGAGAAGGCAGCCAGGAGAAAUGAAUAUUUGCAUUUUUGUUCUCACUCGAGGCCUUUUGUCACCAGACUAAGGAGAGUUAACAUUAACUGUAAACCCCCUUCCUCCCCUCAAAAAAAAAAAAAAAAAAAAAAAAAAAAAAAAGCAUUUAAAGUAUUUCAAGAUUGUUUUUUUCCACAUUGAUUGAGAAAUUGAGGCAAUGAAAGUCUCCUUGUUUACGUUCAUGAGUUCAGUAUUUGGUGUUUAACCCACUAGAGCAGUUCAAGGACUACGUGAUUGGCCCCUGGAAUCUUGGGCUUUUACAGAAGUGGGGAUUGAUUCUUAGAUUACAGUAAUCACGAUAAUUGCAUCCCCCCCCUUUCCUGUCAGAAUAUAGAGGAAUUGCAAUUCUUCCUUGUAUUGAUUGGGUAUGGUGACAUUUCACUUGACCAGUCUAGAGGCAACAGUGCUCCCAUUUGCAAUGGGUUGACCCUGCAGGACCACUACACUUAAGCAGUGUGCCCCAAGCCAUACUUCAAUGUCAUAAACACUUAGCACUUCAUUAACCUGGCUCUUUUUGGAGGUUAAUGUGUAAAGUUUUUUUCUUCUUUUUUUUUUUUCCUUUUUCUUCCUGUAGUGGCCGAUAGACUGUAUAUUAAAAUUACACUGAAGGAAUGGUAUCUUCAGUUGAUGUGUAAUAUUUAAGUCCUGUAGCUCAAGUUUAAAUUGUGGUCGUAUUCAUUUUGUGAGCACUUGAUGUUCAAAAGGAACAUAUAUUUUGUGUCUUUUUUUUUUUAGUUUCUUUCUUUUUGAGAGCGAGCUCAGUUUGGUACCGUAUCACUUAGUUUCUUGCUUUGUUGUAUGCAAGUGUGUAGCUCCCAAAAAACUGAACAUAGCUCAACAUGUAGAGCGUCAACAUGUUUUAUUUUCUGCACCUGUAGAAGGAUGUAUAUUAAGAAAUUCUGGAAGUUGCUGUUUUAAAGUGUUCAAUAGUAAAUCUGAUUGCUGCCCCAACCAAAACCAUACGUAUUCAUUCCACUGUGAUUUGAGUGUGUCCUCUUGUCUUGGGAAGCCACUGGUUAAGCACAAGCUGAAAACUAAUGGCACUCACAACUUCAGAAGCCUUAUCAAGCAUUCCUUACCCCCGGCCACUGCACAUCUUAGGUGGAGCCAUAGAAGUAGAGCUCUCAGUUAAACCACUGAGGUGAAAGCUUGCGCUCUACUAUAGAGCUUAACUGCCUAUCUUUUAUUUAUUUCCCCCCCUCUAUCUGGUAAGACACUGCACCAACAAAAUAUACCAUCGCCCAUCUAGCAUUGGGGUAUUAACAAGUAGCUGGCUGUUUGGCUUUUUUUAUUAUUUUUAUUUUUGGAUAAAAACCCACGUUGGCAGAUUGCUUCCACUGACCAAUUCUGUCAACCCCCCCCCCCCCCCCCCCCCCCCCUUUCUUUGUUCUAAUGCACACUGUACCCCAUGGAACCCCUGCCUCCUCUCCCCUCCACUUUUGUUGUAACAUUAGUAUUCAUAUGGAUUGCAUGAAUGAGAGAAAAAAAAAUCAAAUAUAAGGCGUACAUCGCAGAUAUCCUAGCAUGGAGUGUUGCGUAAGGAUCUGGAAUGCUCCACUUGAUAAGGUUUUUGAAACUCACAUGGGCUGUGCAAAAUGUAGAGUUGGGAUCUAAGCAAGCUUCUGUGAGGAUGGGCAUAGAUUUCACUGCUGUCAUUGAUGGCCCUUAUUUAUCGGACGUUUGUUCUGUGGCCUGUAUCGCAUCUCGGGACACACUUUGGGCCCCUUCAUAGCACUGUAGGAUCUUAACGUGUAAAUACUAAAAGUACUCAUCCUGAGAGCAUUAACACUACAAUAUCGAGACAUCUGGCGGAGAUGCUCAUGGACUGAAACUCCUUUCUGCUUGCUUUUGAUGGACAUGACGAUGUAUGCGUGUCUGCUGCCAUUUUCUUUUUUUUUCCCCUCCCUCCAAGACUGACACUAAGGACAAAUCAUUUGGUUUUCCAAUCUGUUUCCAUUCCUGGUGUGUUCCUCUGUGAACACUUUGGGUUUGUGACCUAUAGGGCAGAUGGUUUCUUCUUCAUCUUAGGUCCCAGCAAGUCAUUGCUUGUUUAGUCAUCGGAAAUUGUGGGUGUACUUGCAUAAAGACCUCGGAUGUCCAGCUGUUAACGGUCACAACCAUUCAUUAAAAAAUCAACCAAUU